AUGGAUUGGAGCAACGUCACGGCAGAGGAUCUAAUGGAGGCACUUAGCGAAGUGGAUUGGUCAUCCCCGCCUCGGCCUCUCUCUGAAUUUUUCUCCCGAUUCACUGUCCCCAAUUCCUACUCCAAAUGGAACAGUCGCCUCAAGUGUAAUCUCUACUACUAUCGAACCAAUUACUUCAUAAUGAUUGUGUUUAUUCUUGGGUUGGGAUUUCUCAGGAGGCCACUUGCUAUUGUAGCUGCCCUAUUAACAGCUCUCAGCAUUGCUUUUCUGAAUGAUAGCUUUGCAGGUACUUUCAGUGAAAAGGUGACAAGAACAAUCAGGCAGUUUUCUCCACAUUUAGCUGCAAAACUGAGACCUCCCCAUACGCCUGUUAUUCGGGGGCGUCCAUCUGCCAAAAGAGCAAUACAUAUAUGUGGACAGCCUCGAUGGGUAUUUGUCUCGAUAUUUUCAACAGUGAGUUUCAUCCUUUGGUUUCUCUCUUGUGGCCUUAUUACUUUCUUAUGGGCAUUUGCUGUUGGCCUUCUUGUCACCCUACUCCAUGCAAGCUUGAGAACACCUAACCUGAAAGCUCUGAGCUGUAGCUCAUGGGAAGUAAAAUACAUGGACCUCUUAUCAGCCAUCAAGAUUAUGCAUCAUGCUCAUCUGAGGGUGCUUUCUAUUGAAUGA